CAAGAGGCAGAAGACAAAUUUGAAUAGCAUCGUUGACAAUGAUCUGCAGUCGCCCGACGUUUCAAGGAAGAUCUCUAGGACGGAGAUUUCCAAUGAAACGCAAGCGAACGCUUCGGUUUUACGUUCCACGAGCACGAUCUCGGACAAAUCAGUGACGAGUGAGAGUGAGAGUGAGAGUGAGAACACUGAAACCUUGAAGGAAUCAAGAACGUAUCCAAAAGACGAUAAAAUCAUCAAGAUCUCCAUGCUGAAGGAAUCGCCGGUGUACUUGAUGAAGGAGAAAAAGCGUGGGAAAUGCGUGAUAUUUAAUCACGAAACAUUCUGCAAUAUUAAAACGAGGAAAGGGACUGAGUACGACGUGGACAAAAUAAAACAGGUUUUCGGCAAGACUUUAGGUUUCGAGAUGGUCGUCCACAAUGACUUGAAGCGCUCCACAGUGUCGAAAAAGAUAGAAAGACUAUGCACGGAGGAUUACACAGACGCAAAUUGUAUUUGCAUUUUCAUAUUGUCUCACGGGAGUACCGCGGAAAGGAUAGAGGCGAAGGACACGUCUUACUGUUUCUCAGAAAUCUGGGAACCGUUUCUAAAAUGUAGAACAUUAGUAGGCAAACCGAAACUAUUUUUCGUACAGGCUUGCAGAGGAAACAAGGAGGAUGAUGGGACGCUGGUUAAGUACGAGGUCGAUUCCGCGGCCGCUAUUUUUUAUGCGAUUCCUACUAGAGCCGAUUUCUUAUUCGCCUAUGGCACGACAGACAAGCAUUCCGCGCACCGGAUGCCAGACAAGGGCACGUGGUACAUUCAGAGUCUGUGCGAAGUGAUCAACAGCCAUUGGAAAGAGUACGAUCUGUUGAAAAUACUGACGACAACUUCGCGCACAGUUGCGUUAAAUUACAAUACGGAUAAGCAGAAGAAACAAAUGCCCACGUUCUCGUCUACGCUCACCAGAGACUUCUAUUUCGUUCGGAAUAAUCGAAGGUCUAAAAAAUGAUUCGACAGUAAUUUUAACAAGUAAAGUCUUUGUCAAAAAUAAUUAGCUUGAACUUUUUCUUUUUAAAUUAGUCAUAAAUGUUCUAAUCAUUGCGAGACGGUCGUUGUAAUUUUCUGAUCUUUUCAAAACUGUAUAAAAAGUGUGAUCGCUAGUCCAGCUGUCCCUAUAGAUUUGUUUGUUAAACAUUUUUUGUGACACAUUUUAUAAUCGAGACCAAUAAAAACUGUUACGACGACAAACCUCUCGAA